ACGCAUCGGGACCGCGCUCAUCUGUUUGGCUGGCAAAUACCUCCGGUGUAACAGGCCGAUCAUUAUGGGGGACCCAGGACCCCGAGGCGGGAUGGACCCUGACCGACCGACCGCUGCGCAGAGCUCACUAAGGCGGUUUAUACCAGGAUAAAAACAUUUUCUGCGUUCAAUAACAAACAGCCAGUCAGUGAGCUGCAGAGGAGGCGGUGUUUGCUGGGAUUCAAUCAGAGCUGGAGUCGCGGCUGGUAGGUUAACUAGGAGAGAGGGACGUGAGGAAUCUGAGAAGACAGCAGUUUACAAUCUGACUGGAUCCAGCUCGACAUUGCGAGAAUGAUGGAUGAAUUGUCGAUUACAAGCCGGUCCGGUCAGCCCAACCCUGUCGGAGCAGGGUGGGUUCAUCCGGAGUGAAAUCAGUCGGCUCUUAUCUGUUGGCUUCUCCUCCGCCGGGCGGCGAUGUCCGCUUUCUGCCUCGACCUGCAGACGUCUGCCGUGGUUUCAGCACCACUGGAGCUGGACAGCGACUGCAUGGAGCCCCGGGCCAGCCCCGCCGCUCAGGAGCCCGGCGGCUUUCAGGGUCAUCCGCUGCGGCACGCCGGCUCCGGAGGCCUCGGCAUGGCCUUGGAGGAAGAGCUGGCCAUGCUUGCCGGGGAGCGGGAUGACGAGGAGGGGCUGCCGGACCUAGAGACGCCUGCGGUGGGGCAUAACGCAGACUUGCUGUCGCUCUUCCGUCAAAAGGAAAAAGACUUGGUUUUAGCUGCUAAACUCGGCAAAGCGCUGCUGGAGAGAAACCAAGAUUUAACCAAGCAAUAUGAGAAAAUGCACAAAGAUCUCAACGAGAAAUUAGAGCACUUGGAGCAGGAGAAGCAUGAGUUGCGUCGGCGUCUGGAAAGUCGAGAGGGGGAGUGGGAGGGCCGUGUGGCUGAGCUGGAGACGGACGUCCAGCAGCUGCAGGGCGAGCUGGAGCGCCAUCAGGUCCAGCUGAGGGAGGCUGACAGAGACAAGACCAAGGCCAUCGGCGAACUCUCAGAACAGAACCAUAGACUGCUGGAGCAACUCAGCAGGGCUGCAGAGGUGGAGAGGCAGCUGUCCACUCAGGUCCAUUCAUUACGGGAUGACUUCAGGGAGAAGAGUAUGUCGACAAGCCAGCACAUGACACGACUAGAAACUCUACAGGCUGAGCAAGGGCUAGAAAUUAAGAUGCUGUCGGAGAGGAAGAUGGAGCUGGAGCGUCGCGUGCAUGCCAUGCUGGAGGAGAAUGAGCUGCUGCAGAAUACAGUGGAAGAUCUCCGAGAGAGGACGCUGGUGUUGGAGAGGCAGUCUCACGAGAAGGACCUACAGUUACGGCAGAGCCAGCUGGAGCUUCAGGAAGUUCAGGUGUCCCACAGGCAGCUGACUGCUCGGCUUGAGGAGCUAUCGGAGGAGCACAGCCUCCAUAGCCUCACCCCGCACCCAUCCAGCCUGCUGUGUGAGAUAGAACAGAGCAUGGAGCAGGAGGAGCAGGAGCAGGAGAGAGAGCAGCUGCGUCUUCAGCUAUGGGAAGCCUACUGCGAAGUUCGAUCGCUCUGCUCCCAUCUCCGAGGAAACGACGUCACAGACUCAGCGCUGUCCACUGACUCUUCCAUGGACGAGUCCUCUGAGACGUCCUCAGCCAAGGAUGUGCCUACUGGGAGCCUCCACACCAGCCUGCUAGAGCUACGGAGGCUCACACAGAAUCUGCUAGAUGGCAACGAGUCCACGGGCUCGCGCCGCAGUGACGAGGAGGCUCUGGAGGAGCAGGUGAGAAAGCUGGGAGAGGAGCUGAGAGAAGUCAGAGAGCUGCACGAAGCCGAGCAGGACAAAACACGCAGCAAUGAAGACGAGAUGCUACAGCUGCACAAUCAGAUGGCACUGCUCUCUGUAGAGAUGUGCUCUCUCCGGGAGGAUAACGAGCGGAUGAGGACGAUGUCUGAAGUCCGAGAACCCAGCGAGCAGCUCCAGACUGCUAUCAGAGACAGAGACGACGCCAUAGCCAAGAAGAAAGCGGUGGAGAUGGAGCUGGCCAAGUGUAAAAUAGACAUCAUGUCUCUGAAUAGCCAGCUCCUGGAUGCCAUCCAGCAGAAGCUCAACCUGUCGCAGCAGCUGGAGGCCUGGCAGGAUGAUAUGCACAGAGUGAUUGACCAGCAGUUGAUGGACAAGUACCAGGACGAGUGGCGCUCGGCUCCUACCUCCCUGUCAGGGUCAUCGCGGGCCCACGGCGGCCAGUCAUCCAGACGAGCUCACCGCAUCUCCGACCGGGACAAGAGACUUUUCUCUUUUUUCAAAAAGAACUGAGCCCCCAUUGGACUGGUCCUGAGCACAGCAGACAGACAGACAGACAAGGUGAGGGAGAAGGAGGGAGGAACAUCACAGUAUAGGGGUAACAACACAGCCAAAGAUGGGCAGUGGCACACACUUAGGUUCGUGGGGGGAGGGGGAGGGGGGGGUCAUUUUGCACUUUAUCUGUCCCAUUACUCUUCUCCGUGCUGAUUAAUUGGUGACUGCUGACAGUGAGAAAUAGAAAUAUAAGAAUAAGACUUCCCCAGAGGCUUUGGCUUCAGCCCCUCUUACAGAAAGCUAUCGGUCUUUCAGAGACAUGAACAGGGUCACAAAGUUUACCUCCAAAGAGGAAGGUUUCCUUGUAGUGCCUACGACCAUCUCUACUAGCCCACUGCCAACUCUGUAGAGAGGGAACACUAUGUACAAACUCUUACUGUAUGCAUCCCACUUAUCAGGCCAAGGAGUCUGGGGAAAGACAGGUGGCUGUAUGGGACUCUGCAGGAUUGUGGGACUGAGUUAUAUGUCAGAAUAUGACCCAGCCCACAUGUGAUCUCUCAGGUUUAUUCAUUUGUUCAGGGGAUGUUCACGACAUGAGGCAACAGGGGGAUGUAUCAGGACUAUAGUGUGCUGUGUAUCUGACAAAAAGAUUGCUUAUUUUCUUAUUGACGAAGAUUUAGCAUGGUAUAAUGCCCCGGGCCCAAACUUCCAAUCAGAGUGAGAAAAAGAAAGCCUUUAAACAGGUACUUAAAGUUUUAAUAUUGCACUUUCAUAAAGUUUUGGGACUGAUUAUAGACAUAUUUAAGCUGCACUAAUCAAUAUUUUUUAUAUAAACAAUGUGUGAUGUGAAAGGGGUCACUCAUAGCCAAACCUGACUUCACAUGUUCCCCUCAGCUCUACAGAGCAUUUCAGCCUUUUUUUUUAUUUAUUUUAGCUCAUUAUUAUGAUUGUACAGUCAUCAUUCUUACUCUUUUAGUUCAGUCAAUCAACCAAUCAAUCAAUCAAUCAAUCAAUUGAUAGCAUGUGAUAUUAUAUGAAUACAAUUAUAGUGAAAUGUAAGUCAACCCUGUUUUUAGCAGCAGGUAUUUGUUUUCAUCAAAAAGCUCUGAUGCAGUGACUGUACUCUACUGUGCUCUAAUGGCAGACAGACAUGGUUAACAUCCAGCGGGUAAACAUAGCGGAGAAUUUAGCAGCUACAGAGGCAGAUACUUCUAAUAUUUCCGCCAGGAGUUAGAUUGAGAUUAAAACAGCUAGACGAAGAGUGAAUAUGGUGGGUGGCUAAAAACACAAGUGCUGCUCAAAGUGUGAAAAACUGUUGGCUAACAUUUGCUAAAUAACUUUAAAGGGUGAUUAUAUGUAUAUUGUUUACAGCUAGUUCCAUUAGCCCCCCAAAAUUAUGCAGCUUUAAACAACUUAUUAAAUUCAAAGUAGCAAAAGCCAAGAUAUACCAACUUUUAGCUUCUAAUAUCAAAUCCAAAAACACUGGCUCCUACAUUUCCCACAAUGCAGCCAAUACUUUUUUCAAUAGACCCGUCCUGCCUAGCAAAUGUCAUCAUCUUUAUAUUCUACGAGCUCAGUUUCUAGCACUGGUUUUCUGUUAUAAAUUUGUAGAUGAGAUAACCCUGAUGACAUCAUCAGGGGUAAAUUUCUGAGACUAAAGAUAGCUCCAGUGAGAGCCACAAGACAUUUAACAACUGGUUUUACAGGCUUUAGAAAAUUCCCAUGACUAGUAAACUGACUUUUCUGAGUGAAAUCAGUGGAGUCCCCCUUAAAACUCCUGUUUGUAAUGACACAUACCAUCAUUGUUACGUUUCAUGUUUCACACUGAAGUAAAGCAAAAUCAAGCUUGAGCAGGGCAAGAGGAUCCUUAAACUGAGUUAGCAAGUGUUUAAAAAACAGCAGUUUUUAGUUGGGCUUGUGGGCUUGUGGUGAACUCUAUGACGCCUUCAUGCUCAUCUCCAGCAUCUGAAUAAACCUUUGGGUGACUGAAGUUGUUAUCGUUUGUCCUGGUGGUAUAAUUUUCCACAGUUAACGUUAUAUUUGACAUUUAAAAUAUGUAUCAUAUGUCAAAGAAAAAGGCACUGUCCGACAUUGUCCUCAUGAUGUCAAUCAUCUUCCUAGUUGACCAAAUUUUAAAAAAAUGUUUACAUCAGCUUGAGAAGGAGGAAGAGCUACGUAGAAUGCUUAUCGAUCAAUCCAGCUCACAAUUAUCUGUUGAAUUUCCUAUCAUUAUAAGGCAUGUCGGUGUACAGACACCUCCACUAAACUGCCUCUGCAGCGGACCACAAAGGGUGCAAAAUUAACUUUUAUGUCCACCAGCCAAACAGCUAGUGAAUGUUCACAUUUUACCAGCCACUCAAUAGAUAACCAUAGUUUUUUUGUUUUGCUUUUUUGGCUAGUGAGUGAAACAAAUCUCCCAGCCACUUACAUAUUCUACCAGCAUUUGGCUGAUGGAUGGUGCUUAUUUUGUACCCUGGGUCCACAUCUGAGCUGCUUUGGUUCAACACUAAUAGAAAAAGGUCUACCUCCAUUCUCAUUGCUUCAAUACUUCAUGGGCACUUUGAUUUCUUAGCUGCCGGGCUUCCUUUUUAGGUGACAUACAUAUCUGUGACUCCAUUAGUAAUACAGUAUGUGUUGACCUGAAAUCUCCAAGCAUGAAUGACUUACAGUGUGGCACUGUUAUGUCUCAUGUCUGUCUGUGUUUGAACUCAUGUUUAAUGCAGCUGUGCAAACCUAUGCAGAUGUCUUCUUGUCAUCUCAGCUGGUUGUUGGGAAGGAUCAACCCAAAGAAUGAUUUUUAUAAAAAGUCAAAUAGGUUUGGAUGAAAUCGUUAUAUUUAUAAGAAAAAAAUGCAUACCUUUUGAAUGAAAAUCUUUUUUUAGAAAGAAAUAUACCUGUGUGUUGUUAUUUUGAGGCUAUUUUUUUCAUGUGUGUCAUCAAAGUGAGCAGGAAUUCACAUGGUGAGUUGGACAUUAUCACUUAUAUGUAUGUCUCUUUGACUGUUUGGUUGUGGCAUGUAGUAGAGCUGGCAGGAGAUUCAUGAGUAGUGAUGCGUGAUUUAACAGGAAGACCCCAAGAAGCCUCAUGACUCUCAAUUAUUAAUCUAAGAGUGCCCCCUGUAUUCCAAACGUAGUUGACAAUUUUUGGUACGACUCCCUGAUAAGUCACCCUUUUUAAACAGUUUAGAAACUUUAAUUAAUCUGUAUUUUAAUCGUUAAUAAAUUGUAGAUGAGAAAAUCAAUACCACCCCCAUGUCUACAGCCAGUAACCAGUUAGCUUAGCUCAGUACAAAGACGGGUAAGAGGGGCAAGCGGCUAGCCAGGUAACUUUUUCAUCUAACUCUCCAUUGAAAAGCAAAUACAAGUUUUCUCCAAAAUUAUAGUUAUUUAUAAAGGGGUAUAUGUUUAAUCUGCAGUUAUGCAUGUUAAUAAAUCAUUAAUAAAAAAUUUAAGACUUUCUCAUUUUCUAAUACACCAAUAGCAAAUGUUGAUAAGUCAACUGUAAAUAUAAAUGUUUACAAGCCAUUAUUUAAUGGUUCCCACAACAAGCUAGACAAAAAUAAAUGGUUCAAAUGCUCUGCAGUCCUUUUCCAGGAUGUCAGAGAUCAAGCUACUGAUUGGAUGUCUUCCUAAUGAGUUUAAGAGCUAAAACGAUUUUUUUUAUUUAACCACGAAAGCCUCAUUGACAUAAAAAAUCGUUGGUCAUGAUGGGCAAUGAGUAACAGAGAAACAAGAUAAGAUAGGUAAAACAAAUAACUAAAAAACAAAAAUAACUAAGACCAAUUCAAAACAACAUAAAGGAAUCCUUCACCUGCAAGCUUACUAUUUGUACAUGAAUUACUCGCCCCUUGUUGCCUUGAAUUUGUGAAGAAAACUGUUUUUCUUGCCUGCCUCCACAGUAACUGGGGAAUCCAAAAAAGGAAGACUCAAGUAACAGCAAAACUACAUCAAAACAUCCAUUAACAAACUCUCACACAACUACUGCAGUAUAAUCAAAGUCUCAUUUUGUUGUUGUGUGCCCAGUACUUUCCAAACAUCUGCAUUUUCUGAGAAACAUGCUGAUUUAAAACACUUCAGUACAAACAGUCUUAUGCAGGAUUCAGUAGUCUGUCUUGGCAGAGUGCAUGCAUGUGCUCAGGCUUGCUACUUGUUGGCAAAAGGUUUUAUAAAACACGUUUCAGCUAAAAAAAUACAUGUGUUUAGGAAGUACUCAGCAUACUACUGGAUAAACGAGACUUGACUUAUACUGCACAAGUUAAGAUUUUGUGAACAGAUGUUUUGAUAUAGUUUUAUUUUGUUAAAUGCAGUCUCUGCUUACUUCAAUUCAUGUUUGCCUUUUUUGGAUUCCCCGUUCACCUUAGGGACAUGCGAGAAAAACAAUUUUCUUCAUGAUUUGAAGGCAACAUGUGGUGAGUAACUGAUAUACAAAUGGUCAUUUUGUGGGUGCAGUAUUCCUUUAAUAAGACUAACAAAUAAGAUUCUGAAAUACCUCAAAAUAUCAGCAGUCAGAAGAGAUCAUUUUCUGCAGCAAUGAAAUGAACUUAAAAAGAGGCAGCAAAUUUUCCAAUGUUAGAUUUUACUGCAGAGGGCUAGAUAAUGAUUUAAAAAAAACUCUAUAUAAAGGGUGUCUUACUAGAAAGUUCUUUCACUGCUCCUGUCUGAUCAGGAACUCUAAAAUAGAAACACGUUCCUCCCCCAGGCUGAAAAAAUGGAAAAUGUGCAAGUGAGUGGAUUCAAACACUGAACAUUCAUAUCCAUGUGUUUAUAGCUUAGGACUCCCUUCCAGAGAUGGCAGCAAGCUUGGAUUUAACACCACUCACUCCUGCCACAACCAGACUAUAAUUUGUCUCACUUCAUGUCACAUUUUUGUUAGAAUAACAACACAUUGUAACAUAUUUGGUUCUGUCGGCAUUAUGUUGUAAUUACUGUUUGCAUCAUGUUUGACUGUGUGUAUUGUUCAAUUCUGUCACUCCCGACACUGUAGACUGUACUGAUUCAUUUUUUAAUUUAAAGCAUUUUCAAAGUGCUGUCUGCUGCGUGUUUGUGUGGUCAACAUCCUGAUGCUGCCACUGUGGUCCGAGUGUGUGUUGCAGCAACAGACGGACAUGCCAUCAAGUGUGUUUUCUGUUGCUCGUCUCCACUUGGUCAGAUGUUGUUUUGGAAUGUAGUGCUUUCGGUGGGCUCAUUGUGCUCCCUGUGAGUGCUUCCAUUCACCACUGACUAACGGCACUGUUUCAGUUACAGAAUGCUUCAAACUAUUCAAAAUAUUUACCAUGCAAUUUUCUUAGCAUUUUGGGGAUUUUUUUGUACAAAUAAA